GGGGGCGCGGCGUGGAGGUCUCAGAGCCCGAAGCCGUGGUGUGUGGUGUCCUAGCUGCCCCGAGCUGCGACAGCCGGGAGCGCGGGAGCUCUGAGUUCGGUGCGCCCUGGGCUGGGCAGUAGCACGAGUCGGGUUCUGUUUUCCUUUGCCUGACUACGCUGUGGGGAGGGCACGGGACGCGGAUCCCUCGCCGCGGAGGAAGAGCUGGCCGGGACCCCGGGACGCCCGCGCUGACCAUCCGCCCGCCGCCCCCGCAGGCAUCCGGCCCGCCGUCAUGGCCGACCACCUGAUGCUCGCCGAGGGCUACCGGCUGGUGCAGAGGCCGCCGCCCGCCGCGCCCUCCCACGGCCCCCACGCGCUCCGGACGCUGCAGCAGUACCCGGCGCCUGGCGCCCCGGCCCCGCCACCGCCCGCGCACGCCCUGGGCUGCAUGGACGCCGAACUCAUCGACGAGGAGGCGCUGACGUCGCUGGAGCUCGAGCUCGGGCUGCACCGCGUGCGCGAGCUGCCGGAGCUCUUCCUGGGCCAGAGCGAGUUCGACUGCUUCGCGGACUUGGGGUCGGCGCCGCCCGCCGGCUCGGUGAGCUGCUGAACGCGGCCGGGCGCCUGCCUGGCGUGCCCGAGAGGAGAAGGGGGGGUCUGACCGCCCGCCGGAGUCCGCCCCAAGCGCCCGGGCCCCGCGCGCACCCUCCGUGAGGGUGGAGGCAGCGGGUUAGUGCUCCGAGCCCGACGCCCGGGCUGGGACGCCUGGCCUCACUCCAGGCCCUGCCUCCUGCAGGAUGACAGUGUAGCUCCACCUCUCUGACCCGGAGCCUCAGCGGUAAAGUGAAGGGGACUGGACCCCCUUUCGGACUCCCGGUUCUUGGAUUCUCUGCCCUCUCGGAUUCUCCCCUACCCCGCCUCCCAAUUUGAGCCAUUGCAGGCUGCUGCCUGAUACCCCUUCUCUCCGUGUGCAACCCGCUGUGGUCACUGGGUCCCUGGAGCCGCCCAUCCACCAGGCCUCCACCCCGCUGCCUGGGCCCUGAGGUCGCUGGGCCCCCGCCUUGGGGAGGGAAAGAUUGUACAGCCCUAAUCCCUGUACAGUGGAGCAAUGCCCCAUCUGACCUCCAAAACCAAAAUAAAACUGGGUCACUUUACAGUC